AUGCACAACAACACCCAAAAAUCACAACCGCAGCCUGAUACACCCGUUAUCAGCAAUGACAAUCGCUCUAUCGUUGGUGGGGAGACCAGUUUCUGGGUCUUUUUUCAGGGGAUCAAUGCUGUUGGCCUGAGCAUCCAUUCAGGCCCGGUUGAUCCUCCAGAAAUACACCAACCAGUCUCUCCCCCUGUUGGUCCAAUACCAAGUCUACUGAAGACUGAUCACGCCCUUGGACUGAGCAUCUAUUUGGACCGGGCUGAUCUUUCUAAGGUUGACCCCAAUCCCUCUGAAGUAAUCACCACUCAAAACACCCUCCAGCACUAUCAUCAUCUCACUCAUGGUACUUGCAUUGCUGCACCUCGAGGUGGGCCAGCCUUCUGCAAGGUUAAAUAUGUUCCUUUUGCCUCCAUGUCUCCUGAACAGAUUCAAGGUUGGGAGAAGCUUGUCUGCCACUUCUUUGAUUGGACCAAUUACGUCGAGGCUGUCAAGAACAAUGGGCCACAAAUGGCGGGAGAUAUGUGGGCUGAUGGAUGGCGUAAGUGCUCAAAGAAAGAAUCCUUUGGAUGUUAUUGCUCUGUUGGUAAACUCGUGAAGAUGAUGCGUCGGGCCAACUACAAUCCUCGAGACAAAGCUACCUCAAUCAAAGAAGCCAGUGACUUCAUCGCAAUCCAACUCCAACAUCUUGCCCCAGGUGUCUUCAAAUCAUACUGCAAAACCCUUAUCAGCAACAACUUGCCAUCCAUGGCUCAUAUGGAAUAUCCCUUGCCUUACAACGCUCUGGAUUUUGCCUCCUUCCUCACGUUCACCAUGUACAACUUCCACAACGGACCCCACAAGGACUCUGACGUGAACAACUGGACUCUUGUCUGCUGGAUUCUUAUUUUCAACCCACGCACCGCUUCAGACAACGGUCCAAUUUUGGCCGAUGAAGGUUUUGAUAUGUUGGGAGGUCAAUUCACCUUUAGGAAACUUCAACUCUGCUUAGACUUGCAUCAUGUUUUAGGUGUUACUCUUUGUGUUUUCAAGUCCAAUUCUCACACACACCAGACUUUUCCUGGAGCUUCUCCAUCUGACAGGUAUACUCAUAUAGAUUUCUCUUGUCAAAUGUCUGAAGCUAUGACUCAUGCUGUAGUUGCGUACAUUAAUGGUACAGCUCCUUCCCCUGAGGUGGCUGGGCAACAAAAACAAAUAUCAAAUGCUCAGAAGAAGUUGUAA